AUCAAUGGCUACUUGACGUCGCCUUCGCCAUAUUUCAUCAAUCUUUCAUUCAAUUCGUUGAAUCACACGACGCGGUUUAGAGUUUAUUUUCUUUGUUUUUGUUCCUUAUUUAGUGUUUUGUGUGAUAAAUUAAUUUGUAGUGAACCCACUGUGUAUUCACUGUUAGAAUGAGUACUACGACGUCAACACCGCUGUUUGCUUGCUCCCGUUGCUUUUCCAGACACCCUUUCGAGGAAUUGUCUCCUGGCGAACAACUGUGCAAGGAAUGUCGUGGAUCGUUUCCUGUGGUCAAGUGCACGUACUGUCGCUCCGAGUUCCAACAAACAAGCAAGUCAAAUACUUCAUCUAUUUGCAAGAAAUGUGAAGCGAAUGUAAAAGCAUAUGGGAAACCAACUGCUUGUGAAUACUGCAACAUCAUUGCUGCUUUCAUUGGAAACAAAUGCCAACGCUGCGCCAACUCAGAGCGCAAGUACGGGCCUGCGGUGACAUGCGAGCAGUGCAAGCAGCGCUGCGCUUUCGACCGCCAUGAUGAUAGUAAAAAGAUUUUUCAGGUGGAUGGUAAGCUUCUAUGCUGGCUGUGCACCCAAUCUCUGAAACGGGCUUUGGCUCGCACCAAGCAGCACCUGUCGUCUGUUGAUAAACACAAGCACAGAUCACACAAAUCGAAAAGUGGUCACAAGGAAAAGCGCAAGUCUGACUCAAUGAAGUCUAUGAACCCAAACGAUUCCUCGUUAAAUGACUCGCAGCCACUCGAGAAAAAGUCCAAAAUGCAUCCUAUGCAAGGUAAAUGCGAGCUAGACCCGAACAGUUCUGACCACGUAGUGGCUAUGACUCAGCUGAAAGAGACAAUAGCCAGCUUGCAGAAGAAAGUAGCACAGAAAGACAAUGAGCUUCUCGCCAAAGACAGACAAAUCACAGAGCUUAAAGCCCAACACCAUAACGACACAACAGACCUUAGAACCGAAAUGAAGAACAAGGAACGUCUGAACGAGACGAAAUUCAACCUUAUGAACACCAAGAUUCAAAACCUGUUAAAGGAAGUAGCCACUCUUAGCAAGUCCGCUAAAAAGAACAAUAAAAUUGUCAAAAGUCUGGUUACCACCGAGAAUAGCGGCAGUGGUACCGAUAGCCCAAGCACCAAUUAGAACAAUUCCAACACUUAAUAUUUAUUUUCUAGUAUUAUCCAGGUCUUAUUAGCGAGAGUUAAUAAAUGAGCUUCAAGCAUUAUUUGCUUUAACAAGUGUAUUUUAAAAUCCGUUCAAUUUAUCUAGGAUCUGUAAUUCGAAUUAUUUAUAAAGAUUACUUAAUUGAGCACAAACAACAAAAAAAAUUGAGGCAUCUACGAUGCUAAAGUGCUAGUAGUAUUGUCCGCAGUGGUAGCCUAAUGUUUCUCAAGCAGAGGUCGUAAUUUCGAAUCGGGCGCACCUCUGAAUUUGUAGGAAUUAACGUG